AUGACAACAGGAAGUGCGAAAAGCGGCUCCAAGCCGGAGAGUCUGGCAGAUCGCUAUCGGAUCACCAGAAAAGUGGGCGACGGAACCUUCGGAGAGGUCUCCUUGGCCAAGAAAUUGGAUACCGGCGAUAUUGUGGCCAUUAAACGGUAGGGGAGGGCUUAUGGUGUUGAAGAAUUUGAGUUUAGGGAUUUUUCAAGUAAUUAGAAUUGUAAAGCGAGCAUUUGUGUCGCGGUAAAAACGAAUUUUAAGCUGUUAAGUAAUCGUUCUGCCGGAAAAAAUAUAAAAAAAUGUAUUGAAAGUAACAUGCUUAUUACAGUAAUUAUUUCUUUCAAAUUUUGAGGGAUAACCCUACGUAGGCUGGGUGUCAAUCACUGAAAAUUUUAGCUCAAGCUUGGCAAGAAGAGAUAUUCGUCUUCGAUUAAGAGAUACUAUGGAAAACGAGGAGAGCUUGAGAGGGAGAAAGUUUUUUGACAAUUUCUUCAAAAAGUUUGUAAGAAAAAGGCUCCAUUUUGUGAAUAAAAGUAAGGCCCUAUGCAACGAAGAAUAUAUAUGCAUACCGGGUUAUCAAAAUCCCUGAAAAAAUGUGUUUCCUCUAGCCACUUCUCUUCAUUUCCUAUAGUUUCUCGCCUCCAUAAAUCAUUCAAUAUCUCGGCUGCCUCUUAAAAUUGGGAGCUAAUAUUUUCAGCGAUUGGUCUGUGGCCUAGAUAGAUUAAACAUUCCAAAUAUGGAGAUGAUCUGCCUAUCACCUUUUGUAUAUCACCCAUUUCCAUAAAAGUCAUAUAAUUUUUAAAAUUUUCAGUAUUUUCCAUAUUUUCCGCUAAAAAAUCGCUUUUUCAGGAUGAAAAAGAAAUUUUACUCAUGGGAUGAGGCCAUGGCACUGCGAGAAGUAAAAUCGCUGAAGAAAUUAAAUCAUCCAAACAUCAUCAAACUGAAGGAGGUCAUCAGAGAGAACGACAUUUUAUACUUUGUCUUCGAAUUUAUGAACGAAAAUCUGUACGAGCUGAUGAAGGACCGGGACCGCUACUUCCCGGAGAACAUAAUACGCAAUAUUAUCUAUCAAGUGCUACAAGGGCUGGCCUAUAUGCAUCGAAACGGUAGGGAGAAUAGGAUGCAGGGAAUUUGGAAAUGAAAAACAGGACAUCAAAAAUUAGAUUUUUAUCACUUCUCUUGCAAAUUAUUCCCCUAAACCCCAAAUUUUCAGGGUUUUUUCAUCGAGAUAUGAAGCCGGAGAAUAUCAUGUGUAAUGGCACAGAGUUGGUCAAGAUCGCGGAUUUUGGGCUGGCCCGGGAGAUCCGAUCCCGUCCGCCGUUCACCGACUACGUCUCCACAAGAUGGUAUCGGGCGCCGGAGAUUUUACUCCGAUCCACCAGCUACAAUUCCCCCAUUGAUCUGUGGGCGUUGGGCUGUAUUAUGGCGGAGCUGUACAUGCUGCGGCCGCUUUUCCCCGGCACCAGCGAGCUGGACCAGAUCUUCAAGAUCUUGACGAUAAUGGGAACACCGACCAAGGUAAGGGAGUUUGUGAAACUCAAAUUUCCUGAGGGCCUAUCAAGUUUUAUUGUCUCUGAGGUUGGAGUUAUUGGACUACAGUGGCGGACCUGACCCCGUGGCAAAAAACUUACCAUUUUGCAUCCGGGAAACAUCAAAAAUAUGGCAAAAUACCUCCAUCUCCAAGUGAAAGAACUCCGGUAUCAAAAGCGCGCCCGCUCGUUUUGUGAGGGAAGCCUUCAAAACGGAGUUUUUUUAGUUGGAGAGGGAGGCAUUUUGCUACAUUUUUUGAUAUUUUCCGGAAGCAAAAUGGUACCUUUUUGCCACUGGAUCAGGCCCGUCACUGUACGGCCUCCUUUGGAAAAGGAAAUUUGAUAUGAAAUAGAAUUUUUUGGUCUGAACAACCUUGUGUAGAACUUGAAUCCCAUUCCUCCGCACACCGAAGAAACCCCUUUUAUAACGCUUGUUUUGGUCCCUUACAUUCCUUUGUACAGAGGUUUGACCGUAUGUCAGUCUGUCGGGAAAAUAAUGCGGAUUUUUUGGCGUCUUGGAAUCGCUCAUCAUCGCUUUAGGGCAGCUGCUUUUUUUCUGUGCGACUUCAACGAGGCGAGAUUUUUUCUGCGACAAAUCCACAUUAUUUUCCCGACAAACUCUCCGUUGAACUUGCUCUACCUUAAAGUACGUUUUUUGCCCAAUGAUUUGGUUGCGUUCUUGCCCUCCGGAACCCACGUCGGGAAGCAUAACCGAGCGUAAACGCCGCUCUCAGAUUUGUCGUCUGUGAUUUUGGUCUGAAAUAUAUUGUCCACGGUUCGCUGGGAGUUGCGUUCCUUGACUUCCGCCCUCGGAGACAACCGUACAUAAUACGGCGAAUGGCUUUUUGAAGAGUGCAAAAAACAAAAAAAUGAGGAAAAACGAAAAAUCGCGAAAGAGUUAUGGCCACAGAAAUUGUUUUAGACAAUAAAAUUAAAGGGUAAAAUACAAAAAAAGCAUAUUUUUUUAACCUCUCUACCAUUAACUCCUCCUAUUACGAAACCUGUGUAUAACAAAGUACAACCGUCGCAAAGCGAUGAUGGACGAUCCUAACCACAUUAUUUUCCCGACGAACUGAUAUAGCGAAAAGAUUUUUUUACGAUUUGUUCUGCAGAGUCUUUCCUGUGUAUUACAAAUUUAAUUUUUCAUUUUCAGGAGGAAUGGCCGGAGGGCUACAAACUCGCGGCCGCCAUGAAUUUCCGGUUCCAGCAAAGCAACGGCGUCCCGUUGGAGUCGAUAGUCAACACAAUAAGCGGGGAUGGAAUGAAAUUAAUGAAGGAUAUGCUCGCCUGGAACCCCGAGAAACGACCUACUGCCGUCAACGUAAGUUUAACCAAUCCUUUAUGUGACGGAUCUUCAGGAAAAGUCUGAAGUUGCAAUACAAUGAUAAAAAAUUAUUGUAAUACGACAUGCAAAAGAUUAUAAAUGAUACGAGAAAGCCAAUUUUUGGCAUUAUGUCAUAAAAACACCUUAUAUGUAACUUCGCAAAUUACCAUCCAAUUUCAGUGCCUAAAAUACAAGUACUUCCAAGUGGGACAGAAGCUGGGCGCUCCCGUCCAAAGUCAGCCCAACACUGCCGCCUUCCGCAAGAACAGCGCCGGCUCAACGCAGAGCGACUCGAAGCUGGUAAUGGGAAGCAAGAAGCCGGGUGCUACGCAAAAGGUGGCGCCGAAAGAUGAUAUUUUUGCACACAACAAAACGCCGUUGUCUCAUCAACUGAGCGGGCCGAAAGAUGGGUCGGACAGGAAUAUCAACCGCAAUCUGCCGCUGAGCAAAGCGCAAGGAGCCAUUUUUGGAGUGAAGUAAGUGAAAAGUUGUGGGUUUUGAUGUGGGAGAGAUAGGAAAGAAAAUUAUACACAUAACAAAGAUUUUUGGCUUGAAAAGCUUCGGCCGCUUUUUUCUACCGGAGAGUGCAAUGUUUCUACGAAAAAUAUCAGUUUGUCGGGAAAAUAAUGAACGCUCUGUCGCAUCGAAAAUCGCCUCGGCCUUGAGAAAUGAAUUGUGUCGCGGCAAAAUAAGAUUUCUUUUCACUUCUGCGACGCGAGUGACAAUACGCCCAUUAUUUUUCUGACAGACUGAUAGAUUUUUCUCAUUCAAAAUUGGCAAAGAUAAGGCUAAAAUACGCUUCUUCUCCGUUUAAAUUUAAGUCCAAGUCUAACCAUUGGCCUAUCAGUCUGUCGGGAAAAUAACGGCGGAUCGUCGCGCCUUGGAAUCGCCCAUCAUCGCUCUGCGACUGAAAGCCGCGGCCGGGGAUUUGGUGCGCGACAGCGGCGAGACGAGACAUUUUGCUGCGACAAUCCGCCGUUAUUUUCCCGACAGACUGAUAGAAAAAUUUUGAGAUAAAGUUGGGGAAGUUUCACAGGCCGAGUUCAAGAUCAAUUUUUAUGAGUUCGCGAACUUGAACUUAAAUUUCGAGCUUCUGUCCUGGACAACUUUCCUUGUACAGGAAUUCGUUGUAUAAAAACGUUUCGCUGCAGUUCAAUCUUCACAAAACUUUGAAAACAUGUCGCAAAAAAACCACUUCGUAUUUUACCCUCGCUUAUUCUAUUUUUUCAGAUCCGGCGGUUCGAACGCAAGCACCGAAAAACACGCACUUCAGGACAAGAGUAAUCGGUCGAGCAGUGGGAAAAAGGCCAAGGACAUCUACUUGGCCAAAUCACGUUAUGUGCCAGGUGUGGUGAAAAACGAGGGAGGCAAUAACAACAAUAAUAAUGGGGCAGCGGCGAAUGGAUACUCGAGGGCAAAGAACUCGGUGAAUUCGACGACACAGGCCAGAUCGGCGCUACAAGCGCGGUUUGAGUAUGCUUAUGGUAAGGGAAAUGGUUCAAAAAAUGGGGGAAAGCGUUGCAAAUUUGACUCAUUCGGUACAAUGAACCGUAAGGUGCCAAAAAAGCUUUUGUUAUAGAAGGGUUUCGUUGUAAAGAAGUUUUUGGCUUAAAAUUGACUAAUGGGAUAACAAAAAAAAUCUCCAUUAUAGACAGAUUUUUUGCGCCUUUUCAUAUCAAAGUUCGCAAAAAAUUUUAAAAUUUCCACCAAAAAACCCCGCUGAAAUAAAACGCAAUUUUUUUCCAUGUUUCUUAUCAGCAUGUCGGGAAAAUAAUGAGCAUAAUGUCGCUGUGCCAAUCGCGUCGUUGAAGUGAAAAGCAAUUUGAUUUUUCCGCGACACAAUUCAUUUUUCGGCAGCAAUCCGAUUUCGGAUGCAACAAAGUGUUUAUUAUUUCCCCGACAGACUGUUGAAGGGCCAAUGCGCUAACUGAAAGUUUGUUGAAAGUUAGCUGAAAACGGUAGGGUGCAGCUAGGAAAACAACGUUUCGUAGCUCGCCGGAGCUAAGUUUCAGCUUGUUUUCGAGCUGCGCCCAAGACGCGAGCUGCGCCCUAUGAUUUUCAGCAAACUUUCAGAGAGCGCAUUGGGCCCCUGCACUCAUUAUUUUUUUCCCGACAGACUGAUAGAAAACUGUUUCAAAUUUGAAGUUGCGUAUUUGCAGGCUAUGUUCCGUCAUUUGGAAGCAAGAACAACAACAACGGACUGUCCAAUUCCACCUCAAAUCUUUCGAACGCGUCUUCAAGUCCGGGUGUCUCGCCAAGCACAAAAAUGGUCACAACCGGCGGACGGACCAAUUGGGCGGCAAAGUAAGUCUUUCUUAUAUGCAAACAAGCCUCAGCAUUUUCAAAAAUCACCUUCAUCUUGUAGUAGACCAUCUUUUUUAUUCAUAAAUCAUCUGUUUAAAUUUUUGAUGACUUUUGACCAGCCUAUAUCAAUAUUGUUUCAGAUAUGGCCGCUGA